AUGUAAUUGGGGGUGCAUUGCUCUUAUGCAUGAGUGUCCCCAACAUAGACCACUAGUGUGCCUGUAACGUCCUCACCCACACAGACCUCCCACUGCAUUUCCUGGCACGAGUGGGCAGACAGCAGAGUAUUAUCCAGUGCAGCAUCACAUCCUGAAACUCUAGGAAAGCAGAGUGUAUACUGCUACAGCAACGCCCUGUAUGCAGAAGCCCCCAGGCCCAGCCUGCACUGUAGAGGGCUGUCCUUCCACCCACACCCAGCUUCCUCCCACCCUCUCCCCUCUCUCUCUGACCCUCUCCCAGGCCCGGAUCUCAGGGAAGUCUCUGCUGCAGACACAGGAGGCUGCUCUCACCCCACCAGAACCAUGGAAACGUCAAAUUAUGGACCGAUGGGUCAUCAGUACCAGCCCGGAUACCCAAUGAACCCAGCGGUUGGAAAUCUAGCAAUGGCUCCAGUGGCAAAUUACCCACCAGCUAUAAAUCCCGGGAUGGUUCCAGCUUAUUACCCUACAGUGAACACGAAUUCCCAUGACCCUCAAACCGCACCUUACCCCCCAUUUACAGGCAUCCCUGGCUACGAAGGCAUGGCCGGCGGUGAUAGCAAUGGAAAAUUUCUGCCACCUCCACCCAUUAUUGGGCCAGGACCUGGAGCCGUGCCCCCACCUGCAAGCAAUGACUGGACGAUUCCAACCAUCUCAAAGGAUACUGCUAAACAGGCUCUCCUGGAAUACGCCAACGGCAAAUGCUGCUAUGGCACGUCACCAGUCCAAGAGAUGGAGAUUACCCAGCUCAGUCCUUUCAGUACCUACAGGUAUCGCUUGGAAACAUUCACCGAGUCACGGGCGUGCGAGGGGGUGACUAAACCCUUAAACGAUCAAGCAAUUGACUCUGCAGCCAACGGCCCGGCCCCUCAGCCAUGGGAGAUCCCAGCGCAGCCCCCGACCCUCUUCAAUGAUGAAAUUCGGAAAAUGCCGGUUCCUCACACCUCUUCCAAGAAGUCCUGCCAAGAGUGCAAUGGAAAGGGGAAAAUUAUUUGUCAGGCGUGUAAUGGAAACAGCCAGGUGAAAUGCAGCAACUGCGACGGCUCCGGGACACGCUCCGGGGAGGAGUGCUCCAAUUGCAGCGGGUCUGGAACAAAGGGAUGCAAUGCCUGCAAUCAGACAAAUGUCCAGACUUGCCCAGCCUGCAGCGGGAAGGGACAAGUUAUAACCUACAUUGAGCUGACGAUAACAUGGAAGAAUAACCUUUUUGAAUUCAUACCCGACCACCACUCGGACUUCCCGACCGACCUCUUCAAGAAAGUGUCUGGAGAGAAACUGUUCAUGGAUGAACAAUUGUUGGUGCCGCCCCUGAUGAAUUUCCCGGAGCAGUCCAUUAACCAGGCGUCCCAGAACGCUGUGCAGCAGCAUUACUCUCAAUACAUCUCCUCCUGCCGGAUCUUGAAGCAGAGACAAUCCAUUGAGUGGCUGCCUCUCAACAAGGUGGAGUACACCUGGAAGGGGAAGAACUGCAGCUACUACGUCUAUGGCAAGGAGAACAAGGUGGAGACCAAGAACUAUCCCGACACCUGCUGCUGCGUCAUUCUGUGACCGCCGCCUCUUGCCGCAGCUACACAAGAUCAUUUUUAAAUACUAGUGUCCCCCCCCCCCCCCCCCCCUUCUUUAACAACUGUGAUAUUGUGCACACCUACACCUACAGAAUUCCUCUCUGAGUUACAGCUGUAUCCUACGCCAAUGCAGGACUUUGUUGGACAAUGCAUACGGUGUCCAGCGGGUUUGGUGAAUAAUGUGUAUUGUGUAUUUUGUGUGUGUGUUGUAAGAGCUGGUGACCUGCAACAUAUUUACAUGCCACCAAAAUGAAGGUCAAUGUAAGAAACCUGUUACAGUUUAGGAUAGAUUUAAUUGAAAUGAAAAAUUGGGGAUUUUCUUUCUUCCUUCUUAUUAUUUUACCUUUUUAAAGAGACUUUUUUCAUACCUUUGUUUUAUUUGCUGUGUGUGACAUAAAGCUCUGAGCCACUAGUGUUAUUUUUUUUAAACAGAUUUGGUGAAUUUAGAUCCUUUUUGUGUAACAGAAGUCGUUUUGUCAGUAAACCUUUUUCUAUAUAA